UGCGCAAUAAUAAUGGUACUGUCGUAGUCGCAGGUGCUUGCAUGCUAUUUUGCUGUGCAUAAACACGUGUUCGUGCAUGCAGCGCAGUGCAUUCAUAAAGCCAGUACUACUAGUUUUUAGUCGAAACAGUUGAUUAUUAGCUUCAAGAACGCGUUUCAAAUCGAUAUUUUCAGUCUCAAAUUUCGCAGAUGACAUGCUUGCAACUUUAUCAUUUUGAUGUAUGUGUUGUGUGGGCAUUAAUUAGCCUAAUGGAAACAGUUGUUUUAACUGUCAUCACGAUGCCCAGAGCAGGAAACAGAAAGGCACAAAAGAAGGAAGGUCACCAAAGCAGGGAUAAAACGUCCUCCAAGAUAUCCGAGUCGCCUGAAGAACUCAAAGAUGUGGGGAUCUCUGGAAAUAAAAACAGCCCUGGGAAUACUGAUGAACAAAACUCCCCUUCAGUAACAAAGCCUGUAGUCAAACAAUCACAAAAGAAUAGUAACACCAAGUUAAGGAGAAAGAUUCUAAAGAAAAAGGAAUCUGGUGUAAACUUUGUCAACCAAGAGAUGGAUGAUAGUGAGGAUGGUGAGAUUAGUUUUAACUUCAAAGCUGGAAACAUCAAGGAAGCUGAAGCAUCGACAAAGACUGAUUCAGUUGAGCUGGCAAACGUUACCGGUACUAGUGUAGAGAAACCAGUACAAAUGUUGAGCAAGACAAGGAGUGCUAAAGGGAAUCAGGAAGCACACAGUAAGUCACAUGAGGUCUCAAUGGGUCCUGUAUCCAAUCAGGAACUAGUUGAUGUCACCAUGGAUACCAACCAGGUACAAGAAGAGACAACAGUGAAAAAACAACCCCAUGCAGAUUCAAAUGAAGGAAAGAAGCAAUCUGGUGUCAAACAGAAAUCAAGGAAGAGGAAAGCUUCUCGUCAAGAAAAUGAUAUCCCCAUGAAGAAGGCACCUAAAAUAGAAGAUAUUUUUUUCUAUUGUGGAAACCUGCCACCUGGUGUGACCAGAGAGACACUCAAGUACUUCCUUCAAGAGGAAGGCAUCCACCCACGAGUCUUCAUUAAACGCAUGAAAGGAUUGAAACAUGCACCGACUGAUACACUGACUCCCAAGCAGAAACUGUACAAGAAGAAUCAGCUGAAAGCAGCCAAGUCUCUCUUUGCAACGGUGAUUGUUAAGACAGAAGAAGAAGCCAAGAAGAUGAUGCUUCUGAAUGGAAUCACGAUGCCCUCUCCUUCUAGCAACGACUGGGAGACGGAGCUCAAGAUAGUCAGACGCCUUCCAAGACCGCGCAAGUUCCCUUACAAAGUCCAUGUUGGAGGUUUGCAUCCAGGGAUCAAUGAGGAUGAAUUGAGACAGUACCUGGAGAGUUGUGGUAUCACACCAGGACACGUUGUCAUCAUCCGCACUCAUAGGACUCAGAAAUCAAGAAGGUAUGGCUUUGUCUGGUUUGAGUCUGUACCCGAUGCGGAUAAAGCUGUUGAUCUUCCUGAACCAUCCAUGCGUGACCGUCCCCUUGUCAUCCAACAUAGUUUCAAGAAGACCUUCAAAAACUUUUAAAUAGAUUGUCUGAUACAUUAUAACUUGAUGUUUAAAAGAAAGCUACGUAGACGCUACACAUUCAUGUCACUUCUGUUUUGUCAUUUGCGUGGUGAGUCCGCCUUUGUGUAAAAUGAAAGAAGAAACCAUUGUAAUGAAUUGUGAAAACAUUGUCCAAAUCUUGUGUAAAUUAAGCCAGUUUUCAGCACUUUCUUUUCUUAUCUUUAAAAGAGAGCUAACUAAAGUCUGCAACUAUUUUAUUCUUGAAAGCCUUCCAGUUUUGCGCUUUUUAUUAUGAAUGUACUUAAGGCACUGAUUGCAAGACCCUGUGAGAUAUUCCAGUGUUAAGUAUGUGUGUACUUCACUCUUCCAAUACUUUUGUGAGUUCAAGUAACCAGUGCAUUCAACUUGGUGCAAUCUCACUUACAAUGUACUCACACAUUGUUGGGACAUUUCUUAAGUAAACUUCAAAAGUAUUAUGUUAAUGUCAUUAGCAUAGUGCAAAUUAGGACUUACAAUUUAACACGCAUCAAUGAUUGUUUCUGAGUACUUUUUUUUAUGAUAUGCACGCUUGUGUUUUACAUGUUCCAUCAAAUAUGUAUCUGUAUAAUAAUCCCUUUUAAAAUUUCAUUUUAAGAGUCUAAAAUUGUCAGAAUUAACUAUCUUUCUUUAUGUAUUAGUUUGUUAGUUAAUACUAAGAAUUUCUUGUAUUUCAUAAAUUCUGACCUUUAUUUUAAAUUACUAAACAUGUCCAUUCUUUCAAUUUGAAUCACCUUCAAAAAUUGCAAUAAAAUUCUGAUAAUUUUUCUACUUGAA